AUGAGAGAAUCUCGUUCCUGGUUGAAUGUUGCCAUCGUCCUUUUCGUCUGUCUCGGCUCGAUCUCAUAUGGCUACUCUGCUUCGAUCAUUGCGACCACGCUCGGCCAACCACAGUUUCUUGCAUAUAUGGACCUGCUGCCGUCCAAUCCACAGGCAAACGCAUUGAUCGGCGCCACCAACGGCCUCUUCCAGACGGGAGGCUUGUUCGGGGCCCUGGCAAUCGGUCCCUUCGCGGACAAGUUCUCUCGACGAGGUAGCAUCGCAAUUGCUUCCAGCACACUUGUGUUUGGCGGCGCACUUCAAGCCGCCAGCCAGAAUGUCGGCAUGUAUCUGGCCUUCCGCUUCAUCACGGGUUUCGGUGUCGGUUUAAUCGUGGGAUCUGUCCCCUUGUACCAGAGUGAAGUGUCACCGCCGCACUCCAGGGGCUUGCUCGUUGGACUCCACGGGGUCUUGCUGGCCCUCGGUUACUCUUUGGCAGGAUGGGUCGGAUAUGCCUGCUACACGAUGAAGGGCAACAUGCAAUGGCGGCUACCCCUCGGCCUUCAAUGUGUACCUCCAGGGUUGCUGCUCCUGGGGAUAUAUACACUGCCAGAAUCUCCGAGAUGGCUUGUGCAACACGGCAAGCUCGAGCAGGCGCGCUCAGUGCUUCACAGGAUUCAUCAUGACGCUGCAGACCCCGAGGGUGCCUUUGCAGAGAAAGAGUUCUACGACAUCAAAGCGCAGUGCGAACUCGAAAACACGACUGGUGCGGGGACCUGGAAGAGUCUCUUCACUGGGAAGCAUAACCUCAAGCGCCUUGCGUUGGGCUUCGGGACAAUGUUUGGCCAACAGUGCACAGGCACGAUCGUGAUCAACAACUAUGGUGUCACUCUGUACUCCAAUGUGGGUUUCUCUGGACGGCAAGCGCUUGCCUUGACAGCUGGUUGGGUCACAGUGGCCAUACCGUGCAACAUGAUAACGUCGCUUUUCAUCGAUCGACUUGGCCGUGUAAGGUUCCUCCUGAUCGGGUUCAUCGGUGUGGUGUGCGUCUUGAUAGGCGAGUGUGUCACCCUGUCCGUCCUUGAGCAUCGCACGAGCUUCUCAUUGAGCUGCCUGGCCAUCUUCUUCCUCUUCGGGCACAUCUUUUUCUGCGCGACGUGCAACGACGCCACGACGUACAUCUACUCCUCCGAGAUCUUCCCAACCCAUUUGCGUGCCAAGGGCCUUUCGGUCAGUUUGGCGGGAUUGUUCCUGGCCUCGUUGACCUACACGCAGGCGGCUUCCAGCGCUUUCGCCGCCAUCGGUUGGAGAUACUAUCUGUUGUUCCUGUGUCUCUCGGCCAUAAUGGUCGUCAUCAUAUACUUCUUCUUCCCGGAAACAAAGGGCCUGAGUCUGGAGGAAAUGUCGAGGGUCUUUGGUGACCCUGUUGCCGUGGACGAGAGUGGCGGUGCCGAGGCGGCAGCUGAGAUUAAGGAGUCGGUCGAGAUGAAAGCGUAA